UAAAAGAAAAUUUCCCAAUAAUCCUCCCUUUGUUCAUUUUAGUUCAUUACUUUGUUAAGGUGAUCACCAAAGUUCCCCCCAAAACUCACAGAAACUCACAAUACAUUGGAGUGAUAGAAAGCUAUUCCUUGGUCUCGAUCUUUUGAAUGGUCUUUGUUUGUGUGAGAGAAGAAGGGCCAUUUAUGAAGAAUGUCACGUGGGCUUCAAACCCAUGCCAUGCAAACGUAGACCAAGAGAAUCCAAUGCACACUACAAGUUCAUUCACUGAAAACCUAAAAACAAAAAAACCACAGCUCUUUUAACCUUACUUAUGAUCAACAAACAAUCCUAAGACUGUAAAACAAAGUUAAAAAAAAAGGAGAGAGGUUGCAAAAGGGUAAAACAAAAGGGGACAGAGCACAUGAACCACCCUAUCUUACACUGUCAGAGACCAGAAGCCUCUCAGCCAGCCAGCCUCUUAUCUCUGAUUCCUUGUUUCAGAGCAAGGUUGUCAAACCGGUUUAUGCCAGUGUACCGGUUUAGCAAGUGGAAUGGUUCAACCGGUGGUACAUACCGGUUUGUGCCGGUUAAUAUUAUAAAUAAUUAAUAAAUUCUCAUAUUUAAACACAACAUUUAACGUCAAUACCUAAAUAUUUGUACUUGAAUCCAACAAAUAACAUCAACAUUUAUCUUUUUAACACAUAAAAUAAAUAAUAAAUUACUUUUUAUCAAUUAAAUUCACUAAGAUAAGAUCAUUUUAUUUGGAGAUUCGUAUAUCGAUCAUGCCGGUCAUACCGAUGGUGUCAUGCCGAUUUUAUGACCGGUACAAGUUAAACUAGAUUGAACCAGUGGCACGCCGGUCGGCAUGACAACCAUGUUUCAGAGAAUAUAGCCACCUUCACCCUUCUCUCUCACCACCAAAUUUCAGUUUUAUGGCUUUUUUGCCCUCCUUUUCUUUUCUCAACUUUGCUUCUUUUUUGCAAGAAGUUACCAUCCCUCUUUAUCCCCCUCCCUCCCUCCCUCUUGUGCCAUCUCUUACACUCUUUUCCCUUUCUCUCUAUAAAUUCCCACAUAGCUACUUUAUUCCCUUCUUGAACCCCCCUCUCCCUCCUCUGCCCUAACUAGGCGCAAAAAACCAAAUCUUUUGUUCUCUUUGCCCAUUUCCCCCCUAUAGCUUCAAACUCCCCUCUCUCAUUACCUUGUUGAACCAAAGAUUUGUGACAAUCUAUAUCAAAAUGGCUUCUUCUUCUUCUGAGCUGAGCUUGGAUUGCAAACCCCACACCCAUCAUUCUUUGCUUCUGAGAUGCUUCUCCUCCGACCAAAUCAUCACUCAUCAGCCACAAAAGCUGGAGGAAUUCCUGACUCGGCUCGAGGAAGAGAGGCUGAAGAUCGACGCUUUCAAGAGAGAGCUCCCACUCUGCAUGCAACUCCUCACUAAUGCCAUGGAGAGCUCAAGGCAGCAGCUUCAAGCAUACAGAGGCAGCCAUCACCAACAACAUCACCAGCCAACAGUAGCUCUCGAGGAAUUCAUACCUCUAAAAAACUCAUCUUUACCACCACCACUCGAAUCUGCUUCCUCGUUAGAGAUCAAGGGAUGUGGCAACAACACGGACAACAAGGCGAAUUGGAUGACGACGGCUCAGCUAUGGAGCCAAGAGACCACCAAGCCUCUGCCUCCACCAAAAGACCAAACCCGCGAAACCCAUCAUCAUCAUACGACGACGACGAUGAUGAUGGGCUUCAACGUUAGCCCGAAAUUUGGACUGGAUGAAGCUCCAACUCUGGCACUUGCUUCAGCGGUUGGAUCAACAACAGAGGAUAUUAACAAUGAUAACCAUCAUGAUUAUCGUCACGAGGAUAGUGAUAAAACAGGUGGUAAUCAACCUCCCGAUCUACAAGCUGUCGGGGCGGUGGACAGUAACGUUAAUGGAUCGAAUGGCAACAACAACAACAAUGGUGGUAGUGGUGGUCAGAAUCAUAGGAAGGCGAGGAGGUGUUGGUCGCCUGAUUUGCACAGGAGAUUUGUGAAUGCUCUUCAAAUGCUUGGUGGGUCUCAAGUGGCGACUCCAAAGCAAAUCAGGGAACUGAUGAAGGUUGACGGUUUGACCAAUGAUGAAGUGAAAAGCCAUCUCCAGAAAUAUAGGCUGCACACAAGGAGACCGAGCCCAAGCCCACAGGCGCCAGGUGGGCCAGGGCCGCAGCUCGUGGUCCUAGGCGGGAUCUGGGUCCCACCAGAGUACGCUGCCGCCGCCGGACACCACUUCUGCGCCGCCCCGAACUCCGUCCCGCAGGACUACUACGUCGCCGCCGGUGGAAUGCCGAUUCCUCCUCCUCCGCCGCAGCACCACCACCACGCGGCGUUUCAGCAGCAUCAUCACCACCAGGUCCACGUGUACAAGACGACGUCGUCCCGGGGCCAUAGCUCCGGCCCGGAGUCCGACGACCGAGCAGCCGCCGGGAGAGAGAGGUCGGAGAGCAUCGAGGAGGAUGGGAAGUCGGAGAGCAGCAGCUGGAAGGCAGGGGAGAGCGGCGACAAUAUCGCCGCCGGCGGCGGCGGGAAAGGGCUGGCUGCGUUGAGGGAGAAUGAAGAAGAAUGUGAUAGGAGUGAAAUCACUCUCAGAUUUUAACAACCAAGAAAAGAUCUUUUUUUUCUUCUUCUUCUUUUUAGGUUUUAGGAUUUUUAAUUUAGAUGAAAUUCAGAGGUUCGUUUUGUAAUCAUCAUCGCCUAACUUCCCAUUUCAGUGCCCAAAUAUUGUUAUUGUUUCACAACCAGCCACCCAUUAAGGAAACAGGGUUCAUGAAAAGAAGAGGGAAGAAGGGAGCCGAAAGCAUCUGAUGCAAUUAGGGUUCUUUCCAGCUUAUUUUCUGAACUCUCUCUCUCUCCACACACACACAAGCUUCAUAAAACCACUUUAUCUCC